GGGGCGGUUGGGCGGCCGGCCGGGGCGGCGGCGGGAGAGGCAGCCGGAGCAGCGGCACCCCCAGCCCGGCCCAGCGCCAGGCGGACCCCCGGACAACCGGCAGGCGGGCAGAAAUAUAAAUAAACUGGAAACAUCCGUGAUGGAUUUCAAAAGUAACUCGCUGUUGCUCCCCAAGAAAGGUGCCAACCACAUCAAAAUGAAGCCCGUCCCUGAGAUCCUGGGGGGCCCCACCGGAAAGCCGCCCGGCUGCGAAGUGAACCGGGAGUGUUCUGUUUACCUGGGCAAGAGCCACCUUUCCGCCACACUACAGGACGAUGUCCUGCCGAAAUACAACUGCCACGAUGCCCUGCCCUUCAUCCCCGUGGAGAAGCUCCAGGACCUCACCUCUCGCGUCUUCAAUGGGGAAUCGGGAACGCAAGACGCCAAGCUGCGUUUCGAGUCUCAGGAGGUCAGGGAAGCCGGAACGACCCCCAACACUACGCCGGCCAAGAACGGCUCGCCGGAAAUCAAACUGAAAAUCACUAAGACGUACAUGAACGGGAAGCCUCUCUUCGAGUCCUCCAUUUGUGGCGACAGCGUGCUGGAGGUCACCCAGGCGGAGCAGAGGGAGCCAAAUCCGGGAAGCAAGGAGAAGAGAAGUAGGAAAAGGAGCAUCAAGUACGACUCCCUGCUGGAGCGAGGUUUCGUGGAAGCGGCGCUACUGUCCAGUUCGUCCGGCUCCUCUGACGAAAAGAUUUCUGCUGAAGAAGAAGAAGAAGAAGAAGAAGCUCCUCUGGUGACUGGAAAGGAGGACAAAACCCUCCUGCUGAAGUACAGCGUGGGAGACGUGGUCUGGUCCAAGGUGACCGGAUACCCGUGGUGGCCGUGCAUGAUCUCCACCGACCCUCUGCUCCAUUCCUUCACCAAGCUCAACGGACAGAAAAAGAGUUUUCGCCAGUAUCACGUACAGUUUUUUGGGGAUGCGCCAGAGCGAGCCUGGGUGUUUGAAAAAAGCCUGGUAGCGUUCAAAGGAGAGGAGCAGUUUGAAGAAUUGUGCCAGGAAAGUGCAAAGCAUUCCAUUAGCAAAGCAGAGAAAAUAAAGAUGCUCAAACCGGUUUCAGGGAAGCUGCGUCCCCAGUGGGAGAUGGGGGUCAAGCAGUCGAAAGACGCCCUCUCCAUGUCCCUGGAGGAAAGGAAAGCCAAGUACACCUUCAUCUACGUCAGGGGCAGGCCAGUCCUCAACCCCCAGGUGGCCAAGGAAGCCGGACUGGCGGUUAAGUCCUUGGAAGAGAUGGAUAAGAUUUAUUCGGACGAAGACCUUUCUCAGACUCUGAAAUCCAGCAAAGAAUACGACGUCCCGGCCAAAAGGGGCAGAAGGACCAAGUCGCUUUGCACGAGUGAAUCGGAAGACUUCGCCCCCAAGCCCGUCCUGAGCACCCCUCCCGAAAGAAACCUGGAGGAGAGAGGAGGCACGGCGGGGUCCCCUUUCGGGCGGAAGAAGGCGAUUCCCUACGCUCCCCGGAAUCGGAAAAGCGAUGGAGCCCCUCAGUUCCUGGUGUUUUGCCAGAAGCACCGAGAUGAGGUGGUGGCUGAGCACCCCGAUGCCUCUUGCGACGAAAUCGAAGAGCUGCUGGAGUCACAGUGGAACAUGCUUAGUGAAAAACAGAAAACACGCUAUAACACAAAAUUUGCCAUAGUGACCUCUCCCAAAUGUGAAGAAGACACUGGUUCAGCCCAGAGGAGUUUGAGCAAGGCCAAGCGUCAAGUCUUUCAAGGAUCAGCUAAACGAAGAUCAAGAUCCAGAAGUAACUUAUAUGGAAAUAAAAGGAAACCUGUAAAGAGGACAAGGAAACCCACAGAAGAUUUUGAAGUUCAAGAAGCACCUAGAAAAAGGCUGAGAAUGGAUAAGAAGAAUUAUCAGAAGAGGGAGAGAAGCAAUGACAAAACAGCGAAAACAAACUCUGCUAAAGUCACAGAAACCUCACAAAAGAAGCAGUCAGGUCUUUCCGAUGCCUGUAAGCCACUGAAGAAACGAAAUCGGGCCUCGGGACCAGAAUCUUCGCAUCUCCCUUAUAGCAAAAGUUCAUCUCCUUCCGCGUCCUUAACGGAGAAUGAGAUUUCAGAUGGUCCAGGAGAUGAACGAUCGGAGUCUCCCUAUGAAAGCACCGAUGAGGGUCUCGGGGAGGUCUCUCAGCUGUCCAAGAAGUCUGACCGAGGGGCCACGGCCAGGAAGGAGUCUGUUUGUCAGGUCUGUGAGAAGCCCGGGGAAGUGAUGUUGUGUGAAGGAGGCUGUCUUGGGGCUUUCCAUGCCGGCUGCUGCGGCCUCUCCGGAAGGACCAAGGGACACUUUGUGUGUGGCGAGUGCACUUCAGGUGUUCACACGUGUUUCGUGUGCAAGGAGAAGCAAUUGGAAAUUAAGCGCUGCAUCGUAUCUCACUGCGGGAAGUUUUACCAUGAAGCCUGUGUGAAAAAAUUUCCCCUCACCAUUGUUGAAAACCGAGGCUUUCGGUGCCCUCUGCACAGCUGCGAGAGUUGCCACGUUGCUAAUCCCUCAAACCCCAAAGUAUCUAAAGGCAAAAUGAUACGGUGCGUUCGCUGUCCGGUGGCUUACCACGUGGGUGACAAUUGUGUGGCUGCUGGAUGUGCCAUGCUUUCCUCCAGCAGCAUUGUGUGUACCAACCACUUUACUGCCACAAAAGGGAAAAGCCACCAUGCCCACGUGAACGUCAGCUGGUGUUUCGUCUGCUCAAAAGGGGGGAGCCUGUUGUGUUGUGAGUCUUGUCCUGCUGCGUUUCAUCCCGACUGUUUGAACAUUGAAAUGCCAGACGGAAGCUGGUUUUGCAACGACUGCAAAGCAGGGAAGAAAAUCCAUUUUCAAGAUAUUAUUUGGGUCAAACUGGGAAAUUACAGGUGGUGGCCAGCCGAAGUCUGCCAUCCCAAAAACGUCCCCCCAAAUAUCCAGAAAAUGAAGCACGAGAUUGGAGAGUUCCCGGUGUUCUUCUUUGGCUCCAAAGACUACUACUGGACCCAUCAGGCUCGCGUCUUCCCCUACAUGGAAGGAGACCGGGGAAGUCGAUACCAGGCCAUCAAAGGAAUCGGGAAAGUCUUCAAAAAUGCUUUGCAAGACGCAGAAACACGCUUCCGAGAGAUAAAAUUUCAACGGGAAGCCAAAGAAACUCAAGAAAAUGAACGCAAGCCUCCCCCUUACAAACAUAUCAAGGUCAAUAAGCCCUUCGGGAAGGUCCAGAUCUACACGGCGGAUAUUUCGGAGAUCCCCAAGUGCAACUGCAAGCCCUCCGAUGAAAACCCCUGCGGCCUCGACUCCGAAUGCCUGAACCGGAUGCUGAUGUACGAAUGCCACCCGCAAGUGUGCCCGGCCGGGGAGCGCUGCCAGAACCAGUGCUUCACCAAGCGCCAGUACCCCGAGACCAAGACCAUCCGGACCGAGGGCAAAGGCUGGGGCUUGGUCGCCAAGAGGGACAUUAAAAAGGGUGAGUUCGUGAACGAGUACGUUGGGGAGGUGAUUGAUGAAGGAGAAUGCAUGGCCAGAAUCAAAUAUGCUCAUGAAAAUGACAUCACGCACUUUUACAUGCUCACCAUCGAUAAGGACCGCAUCAUCGACGCUGGGCCAAAAGGGAACUAUUCUCGCUUUAUGAAUCACAGCUGCCAGCCCAACUGUGAGACCCUGAAGUGGACGGUGCACGGAGACACCCGCGUGGGCUUGUUUGCCGUCUGCGACAUUCCUGCAGGGACAGAAUUAACCUUCAAUUACAACCUUGACUGCCUGGGCAAUGAAAAGACGGCGUGUAAAUGUGGUGCUCCGAACUGCAGCGGCUUUCUUGGAGACAGACCAAAGAAUUCAUCCUCCAGCGCCUCAGAAGAGAAAGGAAAGAAGACCAAAAGAAGAGCAAGAAGGCGUAAAACGAAAAGCGAAGCCAGGAAAAAAACGGAGGAUUACUGUUUCCGCUGCGGGGACGGAGGGCAGCUUGUCCUGUGUGACCGGAAGUCUUGCACCAAGGCUUAUCACCUCUCCUGCCUUGAUUUGGUAAAACGUCCUUUCGGCAAGUGGGAAUGCCCCUGGCAUCACUGCGAUGUGUGUGGCCGGCCCUCUGUGUCCUUCUGCCAUUUCUGUCCCAAUUCCUUCUGCAAGGACCACCAAGAGGAGGCCAUGCUGGAGCACAACUGGAGCGGACAGUUGUUUUGCCCCGACCACAGCGGGGAGAACUUCGCGGAGAAGAAAGCCAGGCGGCCUCCUAGAAAACUUUCUUCAGUCAAAUGCAGACGGCAAAGAAACAAGUGGAGGAGGACAUAAUAUUAAGAGGAACAAACUCUCCCCGCCAGCGCCAGUCCCGCUUGCCCAAGUUUGUCUUGUAAAUAAGUUGUGAAUAGGGUCAGGGAAGGACACACUUUUACACGUCUUGCGCAAGGACUGGGGUUGUGGGGAGGGGAGCGAUUUUUAAACCCACUGAGCCAACCGGCGGCAGGGCCCCUGCUGCAUCUGCACUGAUCAUGAACUCUGGCCUGCCAAGUUCAGACAUUUCAGGACAAACCAGGUUUUCUCUCCAGAAACAAUGAGAAUACUUGAACUGUUAGGAAUGAAACAGUUCUUCCCCGCCGCUUCCUAAAUGGAGGCGUGUUGAUUUCCGACCGGCGACGGUGUAUCUGGACAGUCUUGUAGCUUUUGAAAUAGUAGCCGCCACCACUCGGAAGCGUUUCGAUAGAGAGGGCGAGAGAGAGAGAGAGAGACCUUGAUUAGCCCAACGGGGUGAGAUCCGCUUGACAGGAUCGCAUUAAAUAAGGGGGGGCGGGCAGGGGGAAGUGUCGUACCAUGGCUUUUGAUUUUGUUUUGUUGUUUUAAUUGUGAUAACAUUCUUCUAUCAAGACAAGGAAGCAGCAGACCUCUUGAGCCCGUGGCAAGCUUCAGAAGAAGAGUCCGGUCAUCUGUGCCUCAGGUCAACUGUUUUAGUUGCAAUAAGCAAAAAAAGAAUUGCAUUACCAGUGUCCUCCUUUAAAUGGAUAUUAAAAUCUGUGCCCAAUUUUUUAGAUCGUAUUUGCAUAAUAAAAGUAUUUCAAAAUCAAA